CUAACGAGCACCUCAUUGAGCAAGAACACCGACAAGCAACCGGCUCCCUGACCACCAUGCUCAAGUACGCCAACGACCAGCCCGCCGGCUUCACCAACACCAUUGAAAGAGUCGCCAUUGUUGGUGCUGGGGGUACGAUUGGAUCGCACAUCGCCAAGGCGCUUUUGGCCACCGGAAAACACACUGUCACAGCAAUCUCCCGUAAGGACAGCGACAACAAGCUUCCCGAGGGUGUCCAAGUCGCCUUGGUUGACUACGACGAUGAGGCCACCAUUGUUGCAGCCUUCAAAGGCCAGCAAUUUUUGAUCAUCACCAUGGCCCCAACUGCGCCCCGAGACACUCACAGCCAGCUUGUGCAGGCGGCUGCCAAGGCCGGCAUUCCAUACGUAAUGCCCAACGGAUACGCCGGCGACAUUGAAAAUAUCGAGUUUGGCAAAGACACAUUGCUGGGGCCUGUCGCCAAAGACAACAGGGACGAGAUUGAGAGGCUGGGAAUGCAUUGGAUCACAGUCUGCUGUGGAUUCUGGUACGAUUACAGCUUGGCGGGUGGAGAGGCGCGCUUUGGGUUCGAUUUUGGCCACCGUUCCCUGACGGUCUAUGGCGAUGGCAAUGUCGUGAUCUCGACGUCAACAUUAUCGCAGGUGGGACGCGCCGUGGCUCAGCUGCUGAGCCUCAAGGAGCUUCCCGAGGAUGAAAGUGACAACAGCCUUACUCUGUCUACAUUCUCAAACAAGGGCGUGUACAUCAAGAGCUUUGCGGUCAGCCAAAACGAGAUGUUCGAUAGCGUAAAGCGCGUGACCUCUACCAUCGAUACGGAUUGGACAAUUACUUACCAGGAUACCAAGAGGCGGUACGAGGAUGGCUUGAUGCAGGUUAAACGGGGGAAUAUGUCGGGCUUUAGCAAGAUGCUGUACGCUAGGGCUUUUUAUCCACAGGAUCCUGCUGAUCUCUCGGCCAAGGUGCAGAAUGAGCUGCUCGAAUUGCCGGCUGAGACGCUGGACGAGGCUACCAAGGUAGGAAUCGACAUGGUCAAGGAGCUGCAGCUCCGAGUUCAGCGCAUGGCAGCCUAAGGCAGAAGAAGAGUGGAUGCUCUGAGAUAUGGGCUUCUGUAGUGUUGAUGUGUGUCUAUCACUCGGAGGACCCCAAUCGACGCGUGGCUUCCUUUGCGUGGGAUUCCGGUUCUAUAUUCCACAAAUACCGGGCCCCGCCACGCUUGGUUUGCCUUGGUAACACGUCUUACCUUUGCUAAACUCGAAAGACAUAUUCGGAUGAAGCUUGGUGUAAGGUUCCUAGUGUAAAGCAUCCUAAAGAA